CCUGCCUCCUUUCUUUCUUUCAUUGAAUUCAGCUGAUAUCUGGGCUCACCUAGUAGGUACCAAGCAGGCACCAUGGGGGGAAUAUAGAUGGGCAAGUGGUACAGAGCUAUCCAGAGGCCCCAGGCCAGACUCCAGGACACUGCAGCCUCCCAGGGGAAGCAGCAGUGUCACAGACGUCAGAUACAAGCAAGGGGAAUCUUAAGGGAGGAAAGGGAAGGAGCCUGAAGCAGGAGAGGCUCUCCUCCACAUUCUGACCUCAGGAUUCCGAAGAUAAGGUUCUCAGAUGCUGCUUCCCCCUGGUGGUAACCAGUUGCCCUGCAACUCGGAGACCACGUGAUUUCAGGGAAAAGGCCCUCCCUGGAGGAGAACUGAAACUUAGGGUGGGGACUAUAGGAAGGGGCGGAGAGAUACAGAAGCUGCCCAGCUGGGAGGUGAGCUGAGCUGAGCUGAGGUCCGCUGAGCCCUGGGACUGCCCGCACAGCAGCUCAGGAUGGCAUCAGGCAGGACACGCUGCACCCGAAAGCUCCGGAACUGGGUGGUGGAGCAAGUGGAGAGCGGGCAGUUCCCAGGAGUGUGCUGGGAGGAUGCGGCCAAGACCAUGUUCCGGAUCCCCUGGAAGCACGCAGGCAAGCAGGACUUCCGGGAGGACCAAGAUGCCGCCUUCUUCAAGGCCUGGGCAAUAUACAAGGGGAAGUACAGGGAGGGGAGCUCGGAAGGCCCUGCCAUCUGGAAGACUCGUUUGCGCUGUGCUCUCAACAAAAGUUGUGAAUUUGAGGAGGUUCCUGAGAUCGGCCAUAGGGAUGGCGCUGAGCCCUACAAGGUGUACCGGCUGCUACCACCAGGAACUGUCCCCGCUCAAUCAGGGACCCAGAAAUUACCAUCAAAGCGACCCCACAGUUCUGCCUCCUCUGAGAACAAAGAGGAAGAGAUUACCGCAAAGAACUGCAUACUUAGCCCCUCCUCGCUCCAGGAGCCCCCUCAGAAUGAGAUGGUGGAGACCAAUGGGGGAGCUGGCCGUGUAGACUUUGGGAGCAGCGGGAGCAGCGGAAGCAGCAGCAGCAGCAGCAGCCCUGAGCCUCAGGAAGGUAGGGACACAGCUGAGGCUCUUUUCCAGGGAGAAUUGCUGUCCCUGGAGCUUCUGCCCCCUCCAGAUUCAGACUACUCGCUGCUGCUCACCUUCAUCUACAACGGGCGUGUGGUGGGUGAGGCCCAGGUGCAGAGCCUGGACUGCCGCCUCCUGGCUGAGCCCUCAAGCUCCCAGUGCAGCAUGGAGCAGGUGAUAUUUCCCAAACCCGGCCCACGUGAGCCCGCCCAGCGCCUGCUGAGCCAGCUGCAGAGAGGGGUCCUGCUGGCCAGCAACUCCCGGGGCCUCUUUGUGCAGCGCCUCUGCCCCAUCCCCAUCUCCUGGAACGCGCCCCAGAUGCCACCUGGCCCGGGCCCGCACCUACUGCCCAGCAACGAGUGCGUGGAACUCUUCAGAACCAGCUACUUCUGCAGAGACUUGGCCAGGUAUUUCCAGGGCCUGGGGCCCCCACCCAAGUUUCAAGUGACACUGAAUUUCUGGGAGGAGAACCCUGACCCCAGCCACACCUCACAGAGUCUGAUUGCGGUGCAGAUGGAGCAGGCCUUUGCCCGGCGUAUGCUGAAGGAGACCCCAGAGGAGCAGGCGGCCACCCUGUCUCUGCUGCAGAGCCUGCAGGACCCGCUGCCUCCUCUCCUCUCUAUCCCGCCGGUCUUCUUUGAGACGGCCUCAGCCUCCUUGCUGUCGACCUGCCUCCCACAGUGACUGUUCUCAUUGGUGGUCUGUGAUGACUUUGUCCCUCAAUUCCUCAUGGACACCGAAUGGUGGGGAACUCAAGAAUGACUUUUUUUUUCAAUUUUGAGAUAUACCCUCUUUCAUGUCUGAGGAGCUGAACAGGGCAAGUCCAAAUGGUGUGAACUCAGCAGGCCUUUCCCUCCGCCCCCAACCCUAAAACCUGGCACUUUAUAUUUUCGUCUUAGAUCUUCACUAAGGAUUUAAAAUAAAAUGUUACUGAAAAAGGA